CACGUUUACUGGUGACAACAACAUCGAACUGGAGAUCCUGAACCUGGCAGACAGCGACGAGGGAGAGUACAAAGCCCAAGACAUCACACCAGUCGAAAAGUUCAAUGUCCAAGGUUAGAUGUUGCAGGACAGCCGCUGGCCGCACGAAAGCUUCUUGUGCACCGUUUCCUUCGCAUGUUUUAGGAAUGUGGGGGGGAAAGGCACGCCCACAGGGACAACACGCACACACUCCACACAGGGAAACUCUCUUAUGCUCAGGAGAAAAGUUGGAGAAAAAUGUCCAAAAUUUGACCAAAAUAGCAAAACAUCUCGGCGUCCUUUUCAAAGGGUCCACUUAGCGCCACAGUCUUUGCUCCAAUGUACUUUGCGCACAGACCAGAGUGAGUGAUUCUGCUUUUCUUGUGCUGGCAGUGGUGGACUGCUUGGGUGGCAAAUCCUCCGAACCAGCCGGCCUGUGCCAGGGCAAGCCUGGUGGCAGCAUCAAAUUGGGGCUGUCAGACGGAAGUGGCACCUCACUCUCCUGGAAGAAGGGCACGGACACGAUUGCGGCCAGUGGUGAAAAGUACGGUCCAGUCAACGAGGCUACCCUGAUGAUCAAGAACCUGGACGUCGACGACGAGACAGAGUUCUCGGGCGGCGUCACCGGCGCAAUGGAAAAGUUUUCCGUCCAAGUGGCCGACUGCUUUGGCGCCACGGGCAGCAACGUGGCGUGCCAGGGCGAGCUGACCAAAGCCCUCAAAUUGAGAAUCUCAGCCGCAGUUAGUGGUUCUAAUGUCAAAUGGGAGAAAGAGGGCGGCAAGCUCCCCGCCAGCAGCAAGAAAGUAGGAACCAAUGACGUAGGUCUGAAACUCACGGCCCUGACACCAGCCGACGCGGGAACCUACAAGGCCACCUACGACGGCAACACUGUGUCCUUCGCUGUCCGCAUUCCGGGUCUGUCAGGAAACGGCGAGAGCGACACCAAAAAGGAGUCAACUGAGAACGGCAAGGACAACAGCGGCGGCGGCGGCAGCAGUAACAGCGGCACUGACCAAGUCAAUUUGGGCGAGGGCAAGGGCACGGGCGCCGGCGAUCACGGCGGCGUCGGCGGCCUGUCCUACUCACCUGCUCUGCUGGUGACGGUCACCCUGGUGCAUCUGCUGCUUCAGCUGGCCGACUAG